CCGUCUAUAGUCCGAGCGGAUGGGGUGCCAGAGCUUCCCUCGUUCGAGCCGGUGAUUUUGCCUCUAGAUGACGGGGCAAGUGUAGGCACUGAAGAUAUAGGGGUGGACAGAGAGGAGCUCUUACAAAUUGCGCAAGAAGUAGAGGUCGAAAGCCGAAAGGAGCCUAAACUCAGGAAAGCAGUGACUGGGCUCUUUUUAGGAAGCGGUCGUGAAGACAGAUGAAAUUCACUGAAAGCAUUAAUUACUGAAGCCACCACGAGGACUCAUUUAGUUGCGUAGUACUUAUUCUACUAAUUCUAAUGUACUUAGGUACUUAGAGAAUGAAUGUUGCUUUUGUAGCGAUGUACUCAGUCUUAACUUUCUUACAUCUCAUACUAGUGCCGGGAAAUCACUAUUGUUGCUGUACUAAUUGAUUCUAAUGUAGGAUGAGGAACUCUAUGUCGCGCCAGGCAGUCUGUGCCGAUCAUUUGUGCAAGAUUUAUUGUCCUGUGAGAAGUUAACUCUGUGACCUACAAUUUAGUCUUCUCAUCAUCAUUGUACUGUUUUACUCUACCUCUAAAGAUCGGAACUGUCAUGAAAGCUGCGAAAUUCCUGGUGGCGAGCAGAAGUGACUUUGAGGCGAUUCCCUUUGAGGGGGAGCUGGUAACUCGUUGGGAAUUCGCCUCAACUAAGGCAAAGAUGAUUUACAACAGUCUCACGAAGACUUUGCCGAACGAGACCGCGCUACAAAUUGUGGAGAAGUCUCAAGACGUUUACAUUACGGCUAUCAAUUAUUUACCACAGAGGACAGCAAAUUGAAAUGCAGCUUUUUUUUUAUUCCUCGGCAAAUAAUUGCGCAAUCGCUUAAACUUGGCCUGGUUGGAGCACAUGAUGGUGAUGAUGAUGAUGAUUAAUUUAGAUUUACAUCAGACAUCAAGUGCGUGAGCAUGUGCAUUCUCAAAAGAAUGAACCAUCCUUGAAAACGGGUUACUAAUGUUGUUCUCUCGGUGAAGGAGGCCUUGCAAAGAUGUUUUUCUAAUGAUAGGUCAGAUUUCUCCGCAGACAUCGUACAUUCGGGGCUUCGCACUAUGGGCCACGAUUGGGAACUGACUUUCGAAGCUCAGCCUGGAGUUGCAAUACCUGCCCUUGGCGACCACUGGACUUUUCAGCCUCAAGAAAAAGAAGUUCGCUUAGAGUUCCUGUCGGGUGGCGCAGUCUCUUCUCGCGGCUACUUCUCCAAAGAUGCUUCCUCUUGGCGAACGGGGCUUUAUUCGGUUAGCUGUGCCUACAAUCAUAACGCUGGACAACAACUUAUUACCUCCUCUACUGUCCGAUUUGAUGAUCCUAAUAAUGGUCCUGCACCAGGUUGUACAGGUAUAAUUGAUAAUGCAGCAGCGCUUGGAGGAGCUGCAGGACGAGAG